AUGCUUCAAGCAGCUAUAUCUAAAGAUCACAAUAAAUCUCAGCAAGCCUUUGCAAAAGAACUCAACGCAAGAAUUUCCAAGUUAAAGGUAGAGACUGAACAAAAUGGCUUUACUUUCCCAGCUAAUUUGCUUACAGUAGCCAAAGAAUUUUCAGAUAGCCUAGCACAAUCUCCAGCCCUUCAUUUUGAGACUGAAAAUUCUUCAUCUUCUCUAUCCUCUCACAGAAAAAGUGAGGAAGGGAUUCCUCCGCAUUCAGAUCUACACUAAAUUGACUAAUUCAUAAAUCUUGAUGCUUCAAAAAUUUCUAUUAUUUAUUAAAAUUUUGUAAAAUAAAUAUAAUUUAUAGAUAGCAUUUGAUAUCAAACUAUAUAGAAAAAACCACCAAAAAAACGAUGGAAACAUUUGAAUUUAAUUGUUCAAGUUUAAAUUCCAGCUUAAGCGAUUUUGAAGAUGACAGUGAUCUAGGCACCACAAAAUUGAAGAAAAAGUCCAAAAGUAUAAUAAAAGGCGUGAAAAACCAGUUAAAACAGUUUGGACGAGCUCAGUCCAAAUAUCUCGAAACGCACAUUAGAAGUGAGACUGAAAGUUCGGCGUAUAAAGAAGAUUUAAUUGUCCUACAUAAGUCUGCAAGAGAAAUACUUACAUCUAAUAUAUAAAUAAAAAUUAUAAAAACAUAAAUGCUUUACCAAUAUGGUGAUGAAAUUUUAUUCAUUUUGGGUUUAUCUGAAUAAUGAGUUAAUGAGACUUUAAGAACCAAGAGAGAAAUCAGAACGAUGAGAAAAAGCGUUGAAGCUGCUCGUGAAAUGGCAGAAACUCCCGUGAAAUUCCCAAAUUUAAAUAAAAGGGAAUUUUUAUUUGCAAACCGUGACUUCGUUGACGAAGAUUCAGCAGAUAUAAGAAGCCUUGCAAGGCAGCUUCGAGGGAUCCAAACAGAAAUUGAUUCAAUGAAUUAUCUUAAUUAACAGAAGGGUAGGGUGCUUUAUUGGUCACGCAGCCACUAAGGACCCGGAAGGGUUCAUCCGCUUUGCGACGCCUACGCCUCGGCGAGAUAGAUCAUCGGCGAGGUGCUUAAGCCAUCUUACUCUCUUUAAUACACACCAUCUCCAGGACGGGUUAAGUGUACACGAAGGAGUAUUCCUUCUUCUUGUCUAAUUUAAGGGCUCCAGUUCUGAGCGAGCAGAUUAUGGAUUUUAGCCGCCCUGCUACUGACUCAUUGGACAGUAUCUUGAUCAAUGGGCCCGAAGUCUAAAGGGUGCUGGGUACCGACCUCAGCAGCUGAAGGGUAAAAUGCUCAGCUCCUUUGAAGGUCUAGCUCAGGCUCGCAAAGAACACUGCCAGGCUACCCCUUUCCAAUUAUAGGAACAAAGUCAAAACCCUACCCAGUAUACAUAAAGCUAUACCCACCCUCAAUCUCAACUGCAUUCUCACCCAAUUCGCCUUGCCAUAAGGUUGAUAUAAUUGCUUUAAGUUCAAAUGCACUUAGUCGCCAUUUUUAUAUAUAUGAUUCAAUGAAUCAAAGAUUAUCAACAAAACAAGAAGAAUUUAAAUUAAAAGAGCAAGAACAAACAGAGCUUCUGAGCACCAUUUUAAAGCUCAGAGAAACUGAAUCGUGCGUCAUAGAUACAGAGCAGAAGAAAGAAUCAUGCAAUUUAUGUACUAUUUUUUAA